AUGAAGAUUAUUUCAUUUAAUGUUAGAGGUCUCGGAAGUGAGACAAAGCAUGGUAUCAUCAGUAAGCUGGUCUUGAAAUAUAGGGUGGAUGUGCUAUGUGUACAAGAAACAAAGAAGGAGGUUGACAUGGAAGCGUUGUAUAAGAAACUAUGGGGUGGUGGAGAGUGCGAGUGUUGUUGGGCCCUUGCAAAUAAUGUUGCAGGAGGAUUAUUAUGCAUUUGGGAUAGCCGAAAACUUGAGGUAACAUCUCAAAUUACAGGUCAAGGGUAUUUGGGGUUGGUUUCCAAAUGGAUUGUGACUGGAGAUUUAAUGGUGAUUAUAAAUAUAUAUGCACCCUCGAAGAGACAACGUAAAAAGAUGCUAUGGGAUGAAAUUCUAGAAAAGAAAAGAGCUAGCCCAAUAGCAUUGUGGUGUAUGGUAGGAGAUUUUAACAGCAUAAGGUGCUUGGUGAAGAGGGUUGGCCAAGCUACUGGUCUCUAUGCUACUACAGAUAUAGAAAUGUUUAAUCAUUUUAUUGCUCAGAUGGAACUGGAAGAUGUCCCUUUGGCGGGUCGUAAAUAUACAUGGUAUAAACCAAAUGGGAGGGUUAAAAGCAGAAUUGACCGAGUAUUGGUUUUGCUAGGGUGGUUGGAGAGAUGGCCGAGAGUUGCUCAGUUAGUCCUUAACCGGGGAAUAUCAGAUCAAUGUACCAUUUUGAUGAGGAACCGAGAGAUAGAUUGGGGGCCUAAACCAUGGAGAUUCUUUAAUUUCUGGUUAAAUGACUCGGAGUGCAGAGAAUUGGUGUCAAGGACCUGGGCUGAUACAGAAGUGGUUGGCUGGGCAGCGUUUAUUGUUAAGGAGAAGCUGAAAGCCAUAAAAUGCCAAGUGAAGAAUUGGUGGGGAGGUAGAAAUACCUCCAUACAAACUACUACUGAUGUUAUGGACGAAAUGAAUGCAAUUGAUCGCAUAGAGGAAACUAGAAUCCUAUCAGAGGAGGAACUACAAAGGAGGAUUCACCUACAACAAACAUAUUGGGAAGUGGCACUUAAAGAGGAGUCUCAACUGGCUCAAAAGGCACGGGUCAGGUGGAUGCUUGGGUGA